AUGAAGGACAGACUGGAGGAAUUGAGGAUCCGAGUUAAUGAAGAUGAGGACUCUUUGGAUAUUGAUGAUACUCUCUCAUUUGAUAACCCUGUUUUCAAGGAGGAUGAGACCAAUCCCAUGAGCAAGAUAUUCCAGGAAGUGUCAGAUCUCUCGCUGGGCCUGAGUAAACUGGAGGAGUUAUCAGAGAGCAUCCACAAGAAGCAGCAGCGGGUGCUGUGCUGCACCACCGAGGAGAGCGUUUAUGAAGAAAAGAAAGAGCUAAGUAACAUUAAAGCCUCCUUCACUAGUCAGGCUAAAGUCAUCCAGCCUAAGCUCUAUGGGAUUCAAGACACACUGGCCCGAGACAGCAAACAGUGGCUGGCAGGAUACCGCAUCCACCAGAACCAGCUCUCCGUCCUAAUCAGCAGGUACCGAGACAUCAUCACUCACCAUUAUGCCAAGGAGAUGGAGUACGUGGAGAAGUUGAAGGAGCAGAUCAUGAGGCAAACUGAGCUGGCGGGCUUAAGCCUACAUGAAGAGGAUAUUAAUCAGCUAGUGGAAAGUCCUGUGGCUCCUCGGAUUGUGGGCCAGGACCUGGAAGUGCUUAAGGCCAAGCAGCAUUUGGCCAUGGCCCAAGUACGCCACCAACAGCUGCUGGACCUAGAGGCCCAGAUCAGUGAGCUGCACUCGCUCUUCCUUCACUUGGAGGUGAUGGUUUCAGAGCAGCACGAGGUCAUCAACAACAUUGAGUACAACGUCCUGCAUACGCUUGAUUACGUGUCCCAGUCCAACGAGGAGGUGAAGAAAGCCCUGAAGUACGAGCGUCAGUCGCGGAUCUCGGCAGCACUGUCAGCAGUGCUGGGUCUCUGUGCCUGUUGCACGUGCUUAUCAUGCAUAGCUGGUACAGUGUAG